UCCUGGAGGUGCAGAAUGACUCUCCUUAACGGCGUGUACCCCUUCUACCUGCUGCAGAGAAAAGCCUCCAUGUUUGAUGUCAGCACCAUCAUAGUGAUCGUGGUCUUCCUAACAUUUGCUUGCAGCUUCCUGCUCAUUAUCCCAGGCAUCCGCGGACGGGUGAGGCUGUACUGGACUCUCCGGGUUCUCUUCAGCCUCAUCAUGGGAGUGGUGAUCGUCUCUGUGCAGUUCACGGGAGACUGGGAGACCGGCUGGGUGAGGGCAAACACCUCCUACAAGUCCUUCAGCCCAGCGCUGGUGAGCGCGGACAUCGGGCUGGGCAUUGGCCUGGUGGGGGUGAACAUCUCUCUCAGGGGAAACCCGGUGAAACAGGUCAAUGAGACCAUCAACUACAAUGAGCACUUUCCCUGGAGCUUCAAUGCAGACUAUGACCAGAGCUACAGCCAAGGACUGGAGAGGGGGCUGCCCAGACCCAUCCUCUACGUGGCGGAGAAGUUCACUACACGAAGCCCCUGCAGCAUGCAGAGGCAGUACCGCAUCUCCAGCCACUACGCAUCGGCCACUCUCUGGGUGGCCUUUUGCACUUGGCUCAUCUCCAACAUGCUCUUUUCUAUGCCUGUCCUAGUCUAUGGAGGCUACAUGCUCCUCGUUACAGGGGCCUUCAUGAUCUUUUCGCUGCUGUCAUUCUCCACUGUGGGAAACUCCACGAUGUGCCUGAUCCAGUUUGGAGCUGCAACCCUGCACACAGGCUAUGGAGGAUCCUUCUGGAUCACACUGGUGAUUGGCUUGCUCUGUUUUGUGGCUGGGAUCAGUGUUGUCACACUGCACUACUGCAACUUGGACCUCCUGAAAACUUUCUUUGAUCUCCAUGAGGACAAAGCAGAAGAGUUCCAAGAGAUGACUGAAGCAUAGAUCAACUUUCAUUUUGCGAACUGAGGACUAUCUCCUUCUCAGCCCUCCAAACUCAACCCUAACAUCAUCUAGAAGAACAUUUUUUCACUCAUUCCCUGAAGUGCACCUGAAAGGACAGAGCACGAACACUUCUUGAUGUCCCCAGAGACCCAUUUUUCCAUCCAACUGCCUUUGAAGAGUGCAUGGAUCUGUGUUGGGAUGGGUACUUGCUAAGAAGUGCCUUUGCAGACUGUGACUCCCUGACCAUGCCCUCUGGAAAGGGCAGGCUUUGCAGGGAGCCAGCAGGCUGCCAUUGGGGCAGCUCCCAGCUCCGGUGGCUCGAGCUGCACACUCAUCUGGGGAUCUCUGUUCUAACAGAAAUGCCCUUCCUGGUCCAUCCCUGGCACCCCUUUGUGCAGUGAUGCUCUGAUGGGCAGUUCUCA